UGGCUGCUCCGGCCCGUCGUGCUCAGUGCUCACCUUUGCAGCGGCUUCUCUAUAUAUAUGCGCGCUCGGUGGUGGACUCACGAAGCAGCACACACCAAAAACUGACGGAGGAGGAAGACGAUCGACAAAGCUUGCACUGCGCGAUGGAUCCAUCAAUGGCGGUGACAAAGAUCUACGUCGUGUACUACUCGACGUACGGCCACGUGGCGAGGCUGGCGGAGGAGAUCAAGAAGGGCGCCGACUCCGUGGCCGGCGUCGAGGCGACCAUCUGGCAGGUGGCGGAGACGCUGCCGGAGGAGGCGCUGGCGAAGAUGCACGCGCCGGCGAAGCGCGAGGAGCACCCGGUGAUGGUCUCGGGCAGGCAGCUGGCGGACGCCGACGGCGUCCUGUUCGGCUUCCCGGCGCGGUUCGGCAUGAUGGCGGCGCAGAUGAAGGCGCUCUUCGACUCCACGGGCGGCCUGUGGCAGGCGCAGGCGCUGGCGGGGAAGCCCGCGGGGUUCUUCUUCGCGCUCGGCACCCAGGGCGGCGGCCAGGAGGAGACGGCGCUCACCGCCGUGUCGCAGCUCGCGCACCACGGCAUGGUGUUCGUCCCCGUCGGGUACACGUUCGGCGAAGGGAUGUUCGACAUGGACGAGGUCAGGUGCUGCAGCCCCUACGGGUCCGGCACCUUCGCCGGCAAAGACGGGAAGAGCAGGCUGCCCAGCGACGCCGAGCUCCAGAUGGCCGCGCACCAGGGCAGCUACUUCGCCGCCUUCGCCAAGAAGCUCAAGGCCGGUGCGGGCGUCGUCGCCUGAGCUCUGCCGGAGUAGAGCUCUCUCUGUUUCUGUCCUCUCCUCUGCUCGAGUAGUGCCGGCCCAUCCAUGCAGUGCUGCUAGCUGCUCUUGUUUGUGGAAAUAAAAUAAUCUGCCGGCGCGUUCAAGCCAUAAUUUAAUGAACAAUAUUUUCAGUCAUGGUUUUUCAGAGAAGCAAACAUGCUCAGGAUUAGACAAA